CUAAAACCCAUUUUCAUUCUCUCUAGGAAAAAAAGAGUUCCAAGCUUUACUCGAAAAAAGACCAUCUUUUUUGCUUUCCUGCGAUCAAGUUUCUCACGAAAAUGGCAAUCGAAGAUCAAGAGAAGACAAUCCGAGAAAUCAAGCCUAAAAACAGAAGAAUCAUGAUAACUUUUUAAAAGCUGAAAUAUAAACAAGAGAAUCAAGUUUCAAAAACUUGUCCCACGAGAAGAAGUUUUAUGAAGUUUAAUGGUGGCUUAAGAGAUAUGUUUAAAUGGUCUCUUGAGGGAGCUGGUGGACCAGAGGAGGAAGAUAACAGAUGGCCUCCAUGGCUGAAACCUCUGCUUAAAGAGCAAUUCUUUGUUCACUGCAAGUUUCAUGUAGACUCUCACAAGAGUGAAUGCAACAUGUAUUGCUUAGACUGCACCAACGGUCCGCUCUGCUCUCUCUGUCUUUCCCAUCACAAGGAUCAUCGUACCAUUCAGAUAAGGAGAUCUUCUUAUCAUGAUGUUAUAAGGGUGAAUGAGAUACAAAAGUAUCUCGACAUAUCAGGUAUCCAAACUUAUGUGAUCAAUAGUGCUAAAGUGGUUUUUCUGAACGAGAGGCCUCAGCCUAGGCCAGGGAAAGGCGUAACCACUGCCUGCAAAGUUUGCUAUCGUAGUCUCGUUGAUGAUAGCUUCCGCUUCUGUUCUCUUGGCUGCAAGAUUGCUGGAUCAUCUAGAGGCUUUGAAAAGGGAAGGAGGAACCUUGCGAUGGAAUCAGAGGAUUCAGGUGGCGGCAUUGGGAUUGGGAGGAACAUAUCAAAUCUCCAGAGUUUCAGACCAUCAACACCUCCACUUACUACAUCUACUAGUUGCAGAAUCGCCAAGAGAAGAAAGGGAAUCCCUCACCGAUCUCCGAUGGGAUAAAAACUGAUUAAAAAGAAGCAAAAGAGUUAAAGCUAAUACCGAAGCUUUGGCCAUUUGCUAGUUUCUUGAUCUAUAAGAUUACACACACAAAGGUAUAGCUAAUACAGAAGCUUGGUCUCUUGUCUUUUUCAUAUAAUGAAACAAGUGGUCUUUUGCUUGUGUUAGCAAAAAGAAAAGGCCUUUAGUUGGGGUUUGUCGUACUAAUGGAAAAUCUGUGAAUAUGUAAUGUGCUUUGUAUAUUUAUAUGGAUGUGAUGCAAAAAGUGUAGAAAUGGCAAUAUAGAGAUUUUAAGGGGGGUGAAAAUGGGAAUAAACAAAGUUAAACUUGAUUUUCA